GAGCUGUUGGAUACGGUGAAGCUGCCGCGCACCUUUGUUUCGCGAAAGCCGCGUCAACUCUCGGGCGGCCAGAAGCAGCGGGUGGGCAUCGCCCGCGCCUUCGCCGGCAACCCCAAGACGGUGAUUGCGGACGAGCCGAUCUCGGCGCUCGACGUCUCGGUGGCCGCCGCGGUGACGGAGCUGCUGAUGGACAUUCAGCGCGAGCACCGCACCACGCUGCUCUUCAUCAGCCACGAUCUUUCGGCGGUCCGCUAUCUCGCCGACCGCGUGGUGGUGAUGUACCUCGGGCAGAUCAUGGAGCGCGGCUCGACGGAAGAAGUCUUCUCGCCGCCCUAUCACCCCUACACCGAGGCGUUGCUCUCUGCGGUGCCGAUUGCCGACCCCGAGGUCGAGAGGCGGCGUAUUGUCCUGCAAGGCUCGCUGCCGAGCCCGCUCGACCCGCCCAAGGGGUGCCCGUUCUCGACGCGCUGCCCGCGCAAGCUCGGCGAAAUCUGCGAGACCGAGCCGCCCCCGCUCAGAACCAACGCCGACCGUCACGUGAUUGCCUGCCAUAUCCCGCUCGAGGAGCUGCGCGAGGUCGAGCCCGUGAUCUCCAUUCCCGACCGAGACCAACACGCCGCGCAGUGA